AUCCAUGCUGCAAUGUUUUGAUAUUUGGUUAAAAAUCACAACAAAUUAAGUGCUUGAAAACAAAAUAGAAAUUAUACAAUAGACAUGGAAAGAAUAGACGAAAUUCGUUCAAGGGUCACGUUACAUGAACACGGUGUAGACAAUGUUCAUAGUACAGAUUUCCCGGGAAAUUAUGAUGGAUAUGAUGAUUCUUGGAAUCUGAAGAAAUUUGAAAAGAAAUUUAAAAUAGAUGUUAAGAAGUUAGAAGGAGAUGAACUAGAGUUUGAUAUGAUAGGAGUAGAUGCUGCCAUAGCCAAUGCUUUUAGAAGAAUUUUGUUGGUUGAGGUACCAACUAUGGCUAUAGAAAAGGUAUUUAUGUAUAAUAAUACAUCUAUAAUACAAGAUGAAGUAUUAGCACACAGAUUAGGAUUAAUACCUAUUAGAGCUGAUCCUAGACUCUUUGAAUACAGAGCUGAAGGUGAUACAGAAGGAACAGCAGAAGAUACAAUAGAGUUUCAUCUAAAAGUAAAAUGCAGUAGAAAUAAAGAAGUGAAAGAUGCUACAGAUCCUGAUGAAAUGUAUAAAGAUCAUAAAGUAACUACCAAAUAUUUAAAAUGGGUACCUGUAGGAAACCAAUCUGAAAUAUUUAAAGAAGGUGAUAUUAAACCAGUUCAUGAUGAUAUAUUAAUAGCUAAAUUAAGGCCCGGUCAAGAAAUGGACAUUGUAAUGCAUUGUGUAAAAGGUAUUGGAAAAGACCAUGCUAAGUUUUCUCCAGUUGCAACAGCAUCCUACAGAUUACUACCAGAAAUAAUAUUAAAACAACCCAUAGAAGAUGAAUUAGCUGAAAAAUUACAGAAAGUUUUUUCACCUGGUGUUAUAGAAAUAGAACAACAUAAAGGGAAAAAGAAAGCUAAGGUAGUACAUGCUAGAAGAGAUAUGUGUAGUAGAGAAGUAUAUAGACAUGAUGAAUUAAAAGAUUUAGUUAAAUUAAACAGAGUUAGAGACCAUUUUAUCUUUUCUGUGGAAUCAACAGGAAUACUGCCACCUGAUGUUUUAGUGUGUGAAGCUAUCAAAGUUUUAAUGAAUAAAACAAAAACAUUUUUAAAUGAACUACAAGAGGCAGAAAUAGGAGUGUCUAAUAAAAAUAAAUAAUAUGAUUUC